GAACUAUUACAGUAUCACCGUCAUGCUGAAUAUUCACUACCUAUCCGGGAGCAGAUUUGCAUAAUUGGAUCUUCUUUCUUUCUUUCUUUCUUUCUUUCUUUUUUUUUUUUUUUUAUGAAACUUGUUUGCAAAAAACCAAACCUAAACCAAACCAAAAAAAAAAAAACCAAAACACCAAAAGCCCAAGUGAAAACCGCGGCGAUCUGCAUGAUUGUAAGGGGUUCAAACAUAUCCGAAAAUUGCGACCUUCAGUACCUAUCCUGUGUCUUUUAAGGACUUCCUCAGCCAGGGAACACAUUCGUUGGUUUAAGAGUAACUGUAAAGAGUCUGCAAGAGCUUCCAUCAUCCAUCGAUAGAAGAAUUAAACUUUGCUGCACUCCAGCUAGCUAGAUGGGGAAACUGAGGCAAAGAGGUUAAAGGGCCUCUUUCAGCCACGGAGUGUGUUGAUGUCUGUUCCUGCUCCCUAGACAUGUGCACAGACUACUAGACUUCACUGCUCUGGCAGCAGCAGGGAAGUGGGACGCCCCUUUGGCAAUCUGUCAGUGCCAACCUGAGCUGCAUCCAUUCGCUGGGUAUUUUCUAAGCUGACUGACAGUCCUUAAAACAAGUAUGCAGUUAAGCUGCUAAGAGAUGGAGGAAGCUAGUUUGUGCCUUGGUGUUUCUUCAGCUGUGCCGGAAGCUGACGCCCAUCUCAACAGCACCAUACUCAAUGGGCAGUAUUCAAUGAGCCAGAAGCUGCACCAGAUCACUUCCCAGCUCAGCCAUGCCUUUCCGGAGCUCCAGAACAGGCAGAAUCCGGAGGAGAAGGCAUCAGCACCACUAGAAGACAAAAGCCACAUGUCCAUAGCAAACCAACCCAUCAGCAGUCAGAUGGCACUGUUAGCAAACCAGCUCAACAGAGAGGUUGACACCAGUUUGAAUGGGCGUGUGGAUCUGCAGCAGUUCUUAAAUGGACAAAACCUAGGGAUUAUGUCUCAGAUGAGCGACAUAGAGGAUGAUGCCAGGAAAAACAGAAAGUACCCGUGUCCCCUCUGUGGAAAGCGCUUUCGAUUUAACAGCAUCCUCUCGCUGCACAUGCGCACUCAUACUGGAGAGAAACCGUUUAAGUGUCCAUACUGUGAUCACAGAGCAGCUCAGAAAGGCAACCUGAAGAUACACCUGCGUACUCACAAACUUGGAAACCUCGGCAAAGGUCGUGGAAGAGUCCGAGAGGAAAACAGACUUUUACAUGAGCUGGAGGAGAGAGCAAUUCUUCGGGACAAGCAGAUGAAGAGCAGCCUCUUGCAGCCGCGACCUGAUGUGAAAGCACAGCAGCAUGCUCAGCCAAUGCCUCUCACAAAUUGCAACUUGUCUGUGCCAGCUAAUCACAGCACACCUGAUAUUUCGAACCCUGUUCCCUCUCCAAAGCCAGUCAGUGUCCAGGAAGAAGUUGUUGCUCAGACAGCUGGGUUCAGAUGCACGUUUUGCAAAGGCAAGUUUAAAAAGCGAGAAGAGCUGGACAGGCACAUAAGGAUCCUGCACAAGCCUUACAAGUGCACCCUGUGUGACUUUGCUGCGUCGCAGGAAGAGGAGCUGAUCAGCCAUGUGGAGAAAGCUCACAUAACCGCAGAGUCAGCGCAGGGCCAGGGCUCCAAUGGGAGUGGGGAGCAGUCCACCAAUGAGUUCCGCUGUGAAGUGUGUGGCCAAGUGUUCAGCCAGGCCUGGUUCCUAAAAGGCCACAUGAGGAAGCACAAGGAUUCCUUUGAGCACUGCUGUCAGAUCUGUGGGAGGCGAUUCAAAGAGCCUUGGUUCCUUAAAAAUCACAUGAAAGUUCACCUGAAUAAGUUAUCUGUCAAGAACAAAUCUCCUAAUGAUCCCGAAGUACCUGUCUCCAUUAGCAGUAUGUCCCAGGAAGCUCAUGCAAACUUGUAUUCGAGAUACCUGUCCUGUUUGCAGAGUGGGUUUCUUCCUCCCGACAAAGCGAGCUUAAGUGAACAAAAUCAAAUCUAUAACAAAGGAGACAUGCCCAUGAAAGAGAAGGAAGUCUUGGGAAAGCUCCUUUCACCCAUUUCUGGCAUUGGCCACAGUAUUGCUGAAGGGGAUAAACACUCUUUAUUGGGCUGUCUCAAUCUGGUGCCUCCUCUGAAAUCCAGCUGUAUAGAAAGGUUACAAGCUGCCGCCAAAGCAGCGGAGAUGGAUCCAGUAAACAGCUAUCAGGCCUGGCAGCUUAUGGCAAGGGGAAUGGCCAUGGAACAUGGCUUUUUGUCUAAAGAGCAGCAGAUACAGCGCAGCCAUGAAGACACUUUGGCAAAUGCUGGAGUUAUGUUUGAUAAGGAGAAGCGGGAGUAUGUGUUAGUAGGAGCAGAUGGCUCUAAGCAGAAAAUGCCUGCUGAUUUGGUUCACAGCACUAAAAUGGGCAAUCAGAGAGACUUGCCAAACAAACUAGACCCUUUAGAAGGCAGUAGAGAUUUUUUGUCACAUGGUAUGAACCAGGGACUCGAUUACAACUUACAAAGUCAUGGAAACGUAAAAGAAAAGCCAACUGAAUGCCCGGACUGCGGGAGGGUUUUUAGAACAUACCACCAAGUGGUUGUGCACUCCAGGGUCCACAAAAGAGACAGGAAAGGAGAAGAUGAAAUAGUCCAAGGGAGUCUCGAUGAACGUCGUGGGUCUGGCAGCGAUCAAGAGUCGCAGUCUGUCAGCAGGUCGACGACCCCAGGCUCCUCUAACAUUACUGAAGAAAGCGGAGUAGGUGGGGGUCUCUCGCAGACGGGGAGUGCCCAGGAGGACAGUCCACAUCCUUCCUCGCCCUCCUCUUCAGACAUUGGAGAAGAAGCUGGGAGAUCUGUAGGAGUCCAGCAGCCAGCUUUACUGAGAGACAGGAGCCUUGGUUCUGCCAUGAAAGACUGCCCAUAUUGUGGAAAAACAUUCAGAACAUCACAUCACUUAAAGGUCCACUUGAGAAUACAUACAGGUGAGAAGCCUUACAAGUGUCCGCAUUGUGAUUACGCUGGUACUCAGUCUGCGUCCCUCAAGUACCACUUGGAGAGGCACCAUCGGGAGAGACAAAAUGGAGCGGGACCACUCUCUGGGCAGGCUGCAAACCAAGAACACAAAGAAGAGACAUCAAGUAAAAGUUCUGUGUUUAUUAGACCAGAUAUACUGAGAGGAGCCUUCAAGGGGCUUCCUGGUAUCGAUUUCCGAAGCGGCAUGGUCUCGCAACAGUGGACGUCAGGAAUGCUGUCUUCUGGAGAUCAGCAAGGACAAGCAGCUGGCAUGUCGUCUGAAGUAUCUUCAGAAAAUAUGAAGGGUUCUGACAUAUCUUCCAAAGGAACACACUUCUCUGAACUUGGCCGUGCUUACCAGAAUAUGGUUGGGAACGGCGUGAACUUUCAAGGGUCUUUGCAAGCUUUCAUGGACAGCUUUGUCCUAAAUUCUUUGAAGAAAGAAAAAGAAAUGAAGGAUAAAGCUCUAUCCGAUCCACUUUCAGCAAAAGCUCUGGGCUCAGAUGGAGGUGAGGAAAAGAUCAGUAGCAAGUCCUCCCAGAGAAAAACCGAGAAGUCGCAAUAUGAACCUCUUGACUUAUCCGUAAGGCCAGAUGCAGCCUCCCUCCCAGGUUCAUCUGUUACUGUGCAAGACAAUAUUGCUUGGCAUGGCUGCUUAUUUUGCUCCUUUACCACUUCAUCUAUGGAACUAAUGGCUCUGCACCUCCAGGCCAAUCACUUGGGCAAGGCUAAACGUAAGGACAACAUCAUAGGGAACAACAAAGAGCAAUCUAGAGAAGCUGCAGCCUCAGUUAACAAAGUGAGCUUGCUCUCUGCUUCUGUGCAGUCCAGCAAAGAGGCCGUAGUUUCAAACAUGCUUAGCCAGCUGGACUCAGCUUCUGAGAAAAUGACCCAAGGACAAAAUAAAGAGACCCUGGGAGAGCAAAAGAGUGCUGCCUGGCCCGGCCACAUGGAAUCCACUUUUUGUAAUUUUACAACAGACUUCUAUAAGCAGUUUGGUGUUUAUCCUGGUGUUAUUGGCACAGGAACACAAAAUUCUUGCACCAGUAAUGAAUCUGAAAUAAAACCACAGUCUGAAGAUGACCCAAUUAUUCUGCUCUCUGACUCUGUAAAUAAAAGUGCUACUGAUGACCUUUCUGACAUAGCUUCAUCUGAGGAUAUGGAAUCUUCCAAGGAGGAAAACAUUGAAGAUGAGGACAUUGAAACAGAACCAGAUAUUAUGAAUAAGCAGUUGUCUGCCCUAAACAAGGAAAGCAGUGAAGGAGGCGACAACAUACAAAGUGCGGUCACCUCACAACCAGCACAAGGGCUCGUAUCGCCACUGCCACAAGCAUCAGAAAAGCAGUGGCACAGUCAGAAUCUUCUGUCCUCCCAUGAAACUGCACAAGGAGUGAUGAAACCCGAACAAGUUCAGGGUCCACAGGUCCUGGAGAAGCAGAUGAACAUGUUGUCAGUCCUAAGAGCUUACAGCUCUGAUGGCUUAGCAGCCUUUAAUGGACUUGCAAGUAGCACAGCAACUAGUGGAUGUAUCAAGAGACCUGACUUGUGUGGUCACCGGCCUUUCCAGUGCCGAUACUGCCCGUACAGUGCCUCCCAGAAGGGGAACCUGAAGACCCACGUCCUCUGUGUCCAUCGCAUGCCUUUUGACAACAGCCAGUACCCGGACCGCAGGUUCAAGCGCUCUCGGGCGGACUCAGAAGCUCCAGGGAGCCUGGAGGAUGCGGCAGGCCGUACGGCAGGCCCAGCUGAGCAGGCCGAGGAGGGCGGCCAUGGGCUGGAGUAGCACCCAGCCUGCCCCUCAUGGCCCAGUGCUGCACCGGGCUUCAGCGGGCACAAGGGCCGCGGUCGGCCGGCUGCAUUCCAGUUGGAAGAAUUGCGUGCCAACUCUCAGAAGUGUACAGGAUGCUCCCGAUGUUUAAGUGUAUAUAUCUAUAUAUAUAUAUGUGCCCACACGUGCAUAUAUAUAUAUAUUUACACACACAUGCACAUAUGCAGUCAUAUACCUACUAAAUAUGUAUCUACGUACACACACAUUCUAUAUGUGGGUGUGUUUAAGUAUAUAUAUUACGCUCGCCAAAUAAAUUUCCAGCCCUUGAAAAUGGCUGCUAAACUGUUACCUGGCAACAAGUACUUCCAAACAAUGUAGGUGGGAUAAUAAAGUGAUCUAAAAACGCAAGGAGGUUGUUAGUUAUUAAAAAAAAAAAAAGCAGGGCAGUUUCAAACUUUGAAGUGGUCUUUGUCCAAAAAUAAUGCUCUUAACAGAAAAAUGAUACUGUCUAAAGGAUUUAGCGUUGCCUUGAAGAUUGAGGGGCUGUGUUUUCAUUGUUGAAAACACCUUUAUAAUAUGACACCAGCUGCUGUCAUUUGCCUAGCAUAGUAAUGAGAUGUGUUGGUAGACUGCCAUGGUGCCAGUCUGACUGGAGCUGUCAUUGCAGAGAAAAUCAAUUCGAGUGGUGUUGCAACUGCAGUAUAGGAGAAACCCUAGACGGCCCACAAGCUGGGGUCAGUAGUGACCUGUACUGGCAAGCAUUGUGAUAUUACAUUUUCUUUCUUUCUUUCAUUUUUUUUUUUUUAAUACACAGCCAAAUGAAUCAAUGCUUAAAGAAAAAUAAAAAAUCUGCAUCCCAAUGUGUGACUGCAGAUUUGAAGUGUAAUUCCAUUUUUUUUUAAAUCAUCUUCAGUAUUGAGGGAAAUGCUUUUAUACUUUCUUUUCUUUGUUGAUGAAGGAGUAAGUUGCUAUAAAAGUAGAAGUACAACAUAUAGAAAUAUUGUUUAGUGAAACUAGUCAGCCUUAUCUAUAGAAGGUACUGGUGAGAAACAGAAUUUUAUUACAUAGAGGGUUGAUACUUUUCCUUUUUCUGUUCUUUUCAUGUUGUUUUCUUUCAAACUUCUUUUAAAUCCCUGUUUUUACACUUGAAUGAAGGAUUCCCCAGUCGUGCUUAAUUUUCAUGCGUUAGUUUUUGUAAGUGUUACAGACAUUGUGCAGAAGUUUCUUCUGGAGCAAGCUCUUACGAAGUAGCUUGACUUAAGCUAUGAAUCCAAACAUUCUGCUUUUUGUCUCUAAUGAAGAAAAGUGUUUCAGCUGAUAUCUCUUUGUUUUUGUAAACAAAUGUGUUCUAUAUUUUUGCAGAUUUUAGCUUUUUUACUGAUUGGAUGCUCCAAAUUUAUUAAGUUCUUUGCCACAUAGGAAGCUUUUGAGAGUCUAUAAUGAACCACAUACUUAAAAAAAAAAAAAAAAAAAGAAACAUAACUAAAGGUUUAUUCUGAAAUUCUCUGAAUGGCAUAAAAUUUUAGCCUUCUAAUGUCCUUCCUUUGAUAGAAGCAAAAUUGGUGCUGUUUAUUGUGAUGGUAGAGAAGUAUUAACUUCUUCUAAAACUAAAUCAUCCAGACUUAAAAAAAAAAAAAAAAAGUCAAUAUUUCUUUGCAGGCUGGGAGCACAGAGUAAAACCCCAGGGCCUUAAAACUUCAGCUCUGCCUAAAGCAGUUUACAAAAAAUACUAAACUGCAAUCAAUGUAAAUAAAAUUCUUAGCGCUACCCUGAGACUGGAAAAAAAAUCUCAGGCUAAUAAGGAAUACGGUUUGCAUAUGCUGUCGGAAAGGAUGUCAUCCAACUGAAGUUUCAGUUUAAAUGAGGUCACUGUGUAACUUGGACCCAUCUGGCACAGAGCAAGCUGCUUUUCUUGUUUUUCUAGUAUAGUUCUCACUGCCUUACUUAAAUCGAGUUGAUAAACUUAAUGCAACUGUUUCUAUGAUCCUAGAUAAAGGAUUGAAAUGUUAUUGAAACUUUCUGACUGUAGUAAGCUUUAGGAUUUUAACUGCACUACUGUGUUUGGUGACUGUGUCAGUCGCUUGCUUUUGUGUGUUUGCGCCGCCUUCAGUAUCUUAGCAAAAAAAACAAAAAAAAAAAAGAAAAAAAAGAAAAAAAAAAUACAAACACCCCCCACAUUCCAUUUCUUGCACUUUUGGAGCUCUUUCAGUAUUCUUUUGUGUCUUCUGAGCAUUUUCAGAUACGACAGGCAAUAAUUCUGUUUGUGACACUGGAAACAUCUCCUGUCCCUUGUGAUGUGUGUGUUGAUUCCAUUUGGUCGGGUGCUACUGUCCCUAUUCUCCCCUCUGACAUAGACCUUUUUUCCAGAACAUUUGUAACUUGUAAUACAAACAAGUGACAGCAGCAGUGAUGCAUUGUCAGUUUCUGAAUAUCAUCAUGCUUCUCAUAUCUAAACAUGUCAAGUUUUUUCUCUGUAACUUCUGUAGUCUGUGAUACUGGUCAUAAUACUGUCUACAUUCCUACACAAAGAAAAAUUUCUAUCUUGGAGGAAAUCUGAGAUCAAUAGAGUAGAGGAUUUUGUUGCUAUGCUUGUAACAAUUAGAAAACUUUGUAUUUAAAGUUUAUUCUUGGUCAUUAUUUAUUAUUAUAAUACAUCAGUUGACAGAACUUUAUUCUGGUAUAGAAGUAUUAAAAGUUGUUUUUUCAGCAAUGACUGUUUUCUUUCUGCUGUUAGAAUAAAAAUGUCUUUGAAGCAGUACAGUUUUAUCCAGUGUUUUACGCAAUAAAACCUCUACCUCUGAAAAAAAGUUUUCCUACUUGCUUAUGUUUAUUAGGAACAGCAAAAACAUUAUUUUCUGCAGCUUUGUCAGAUUAAAAAAAAAUUAAUGUCAGUAAGUUCACAGUUGUUAGGCAAUUACUGGAGUGUAUUAUGCUGGGUGUGUGUGCUCAGUCCACUUAUUAAUCUGAACAAAUCUAUAUACAGUAUAUACAUAUAUAUAUAAUAUAUAUUGUGCUUAAUUAAAAGACUGUGGAAAUCUGUUUUAGCAUGUAGUAAUAAUUGUUUUAUAUACUACUACAUAUGUACUAUAGAAGGAGUGUUGGGGUCUAUCAAGCUUUGAUUUGAAAGUGUUUGAAGUGUGUAUCAUACACGAUGAUGUAUAAAGUCAUGUUUUCACAUUAAAAAAAUUGUUUGUAUAGAUCAUA